AGGUUAUCUACAGAGACUAAUUUUGUUUUAGUUAUGAUAUUGGCUGAAACUUUGUUGUUCUCAUUAUCUUUGAUCGAUUGCGGUGGUAUAUUGUUCCUUUUGGUUUACUACAUAAUAACGUUAUCUGAUUUAGAGUGUGAUUAUCUAAAUGCACAAGAGUGCUGUGAGAAACUGAACUAUUGGCUACUGCCGAAGUAUAUCGCUCAUUCGUUCGUUACGUUCUUGUUGUUGCUACAUGGACAAGUGAUUCUGUUUCUGUGCAACCUGCCUAUGUUUAUAUGGUUAACGUUUGAAUAUUUCACGAUCCCUAGCGGGAACCUAGGGGCUUUCGACCCGGCCGAGAUCCACAACAGGGGUCAGCUUAAAAGACACCUUAGGCAUGUUAUGUACAACAUUGCCUACUACCUAGUUUUCUUCUUUAUUUACCUGUACUGCUUUAUUCUCGCACUAUUAAAGGGCAACCCAAUCAGACGUGGAUCUGAUGACGAAAUUGUAACUGAAAUCUAA